AAUUAAUUAGUAAAUUGCCGAAAUGGCAGAUUGUAACUUUUUAAAGUUGUUUUAAUACUUUCCGAAACUGCAAAUUAAUUUAAAAAUGUUUACUCUAACGGUUUUUGCAUUUAUUUCCAUUUUUUACGCCGCAUAUGGUAGCCAAAAUUGUGAUAAGUCUGACUUCAUGUUUCAAUACACUGAGUGUGAUCAAGAUGGUAACAGGUGGAGAGUUUCCAUCCCUAAGACAAGUAGAUGUGCUAAUUAUUCACUAACUUUACCAGUUCGGGGCAAAAAGUGCAAUUUCACAUGCGAAUCUGGCCACUAUUUGGACAUUGAGGAUCAAGAGUGUAAAAAGUGCCCUAGUGGUACAUUUUCAUUGGGGGGUGGAGUCAGAUAUGAUGAUUGGCAGGUCAUGCCUAAUCAUUUUACUGUCAGGAUGGAAAAACAUCCAUCUCUUUAUUUGUUCAGUGAGAGCGAAAAAGUGAAUUGCACUGGUGGUUGGGUGGCUUCUGGAAAGUAUCUAAUAGCCAAUGUUACUGGCUGUCCAAUGUCCUUGACUUAUGAAGCAGAGUUCGUUAGAAAAGGUCAUGUCACUUUCACCUACGAAAACAAUGACGAUGGUUCCUGGUUUGGAUUUCAGUUAGAAAAUGAAAGGUGUGAAAGAGUUAGUAACCUGGCCGGGGGUCUCUCAAAAAGUUUAAAAAAAACCGAGGAGGGAAAGUUUUCACUGAGGAGGAUCGAUAUUGCACCUGGAUUAAACAGAUUGAUUUGGACAGUAUUCCCAAUCCCGAAUGACGGAAUGGAUAGGGAGCGAGUUAAGCUGAAGAAGAUGGUAAUGUUUGUUUCAUUUUCAGGAAUAGCGUUUACAUCUGAAUGCACUCCAUGUAGAGCAGGCCUUACGGAGGGCCAACAAAAAUGCGAGCCAUGUGAUUCCAACACUUACUCACUGAGGCUGGCCAGUAGCUGUGUACCAUGCCCUGCUCAUCAGUAUUCGGAGUCAGAAUCUGAAAGAUGCUUGGACAGGCCAAAAUGCACAGAUGCUGAUUACUAUCAGUCCUACACUUCUUGCGAUUCAAAUGGAAAGACUUCUGUUGUGUAUAAAUGGAAUGAGAACAAAAUAUGCGACCCUUUAAAAUCCGGAUCGGUUAAGUUGCCGGAGCCUGGAGCCCUGGAGGAUUGCUCUCCCUGUAACCCAGGAACCCAACUCGUUAAUGGCAGCUGCAGCUUCUGUCCUAAGAAUUAUUUUUCAUCCGGAAAAAAAGACGAGGCGUGCCGCGAGUGUCCGUCCUCGACGUCGCCACAAAUAGGGAUGUACAUAAACUCGUGGCAGAAUACUAUCAUGAUAAAAACUGUUACCACAGCAAUGGAAUCGGAUUGCUCUCAGAAGGAUGGAUGGAUCGUGGAAAAGGAUUACGUGAAAACGACAGCAGGAAACAGUCCGUCGUCAUUCCUCCUCCUCAACAUCAACAUCCCUGGAUUUAGGUACAACAACAAUCGAAGAUCAACAUCAACAUCUAACAAUAACAAGCCAGUGGCUUAUGUGUCAUUUGUAUUUGAGACUAUUUGUACAGAUGAGUGUACACUUUUCUUCAUACAGAAAGUUGGCAGAGAAGCUCUGAAAGUGGUUGAGUCAUGGUCUGGUGGUACGCAGAAGCAGAAAUUCACGUUUGUAGUUGAUAAUCUCUUGAUGAAUAUUCUGCCAUCUAUGGAGAGGAAGACUCAAGAAGCCAGGCUGUAUUCGAUAAAUAUUACAAAUACAAUUGCUGGUGGGGCCAGUGACUGUGAGGCUUGCCCCCAAGGAGUCACCCAUGAUGGGUCACACAAACGCAUACACACUUUCAGUUGUAUUCCAUGCUCCGUUGGGCACUAUGUGGACCCUGAUAGCCUGACUUGCAAACCCUGCCAGGGCAAUACCAUCCUAUCUCAAAAUUUUGAUGGUUGGGGCGCCGAGGCAUGUGUCAAAUGUGGGGAGGGACUUAGGCAGUUUGAGCACGAUGUCUGUGUCACUGAUUGCACUUACAAAUCGCCUAGCAGUAACAACAGCUAUGAUUUCAGGAGUCUUAGUGGGUCAGUUGCUGUCCUGUGGCCACACCUCUUUACCACGAGCGGCUACAGGUAUUUUCAUCUCUUCAAUAUCUCUCUCUGCAGCGACCAACGCAAGUAUGUCUCUAUCUGUAGGACGACUGCUCUGCCUGGUGAUAAGGGCCUGGUGACUCUUACUAAUCCUCUGAGGUCCGUUUGUCUGUGUGUGUGUGUGUGUGCGUGCGUACGUGUGUGUGUGUGUGUGUGUAAUGUGUUUCUUCAAUCUUUUCCUGUUGUAAUCUCUCUGCGUUUAUGUACUCUCUCUCUCUCUCUCUCUCUCCCUCCCUAUCUCUCUCCGUUUUCUCCUUUUCUUUCUUUCUCUCUUAACAAUCGUCUCUUUCUCUCUUUUUCUAGACAUCUAUUGACAAGAGCUUGCAAAUCGGGUCGUACCACCAUCAUCAUUCUUCGCUGUAACAUGGGCGGUGGACCCCAGCAGUCAGACAAAGAGGAAUUAGUUUUACCGCCUGACUGUCCGGAUGGCACGUGUGACGGGUGUAACUUUGUGAUUCUAUGGAAGACCAAAUCUGCUUGCCCCAUCUGCACUGAGGAGGAUUUUGAGGAAUUCAGUGGCGAAUGUGUUGGUGGCAGGCAGGAAGUUAUGAAGAAGACUAAUGGGAGAUGUGUAGUGCCAUCAUCAGUGGUGAUGACGAGGGUGGAGGAGUGCAGUCCGCUAUGGUUCUUCAAGUCCACUUCUCCUCUUUGGAUGAAGGUGCUCAUUAUACUGGUGCCUGUGUUCCUCUUCAUCGGACUCCUGUCCAUCGUCAUCCUAAUCUACUGCUGGAACAAAAACAGAAAGUUGCAGUACAAGUACAUGAAGCUGGUGGAAUCGUCAAGCCACGCCAGAGAUGGCAUGGAGCUGCCUGGUGUCGACUCGUGUGGCAUUGAUGAAGGCGAGGAGGAGGAGCAGUUUGACGCUAUUGAGUUCAAGUCUGCAGCUGGGCGUAAGAAAAAUUCAUUCUUCGGAAAGAUAACUGGCAGCGGAAGUGGCGGGAAUAUUGCUGGUGGUGGAAAUAAUAUCGUUGGAUCGAUGGUUGGAGUGAGUAGGAAGACUCCAAGUUACUAUGAGAGCGGAGAUAGGGAUGAGAGAAUGGCCCUGACCUAAUUAUGGUGGAAUAGAUUCCCAUAGUCUGGUUUACAAUCAAUUUACAGGUAAACUGUAAUGACGACCUGACUGGAUAAUUAGAUGUAUUUAAAUGUAUUGCUUUCACUCAA